AAGGAUGCGUUUUGCUUUUGGAUACUUGUUAAUGGUGGCAGUUUGCGAGAGCAGGCGAACGUCUAGCUCUAGCUCAGGGUCAAGAACUAGUUCAGGCUCAAGAACAAGUGGAACCUUCAGCAGCUCCAGUACUAGUUCUAGAUAUGCUCCUACAGUAAACAGAGGUGCUUCAAGGUUUACUGGGAGUAAUUAUGGUUACAAUGCUGGUUAUGGGAGGAGUACUAGUUCAGGAGGAUUUGGAUUAGGGUUAGGAGGAGGUCUCCUUUUAGGAUACACCGCAGAAAUAGUUACUGAUGCUGACCUGGAGGAGACUGCAACAACUUGCACGGAGGAUUCGGUAAGAGUUGUGUGGUUGGUAUUCUCAAAUAGUUUCUAG